AUGCCACCUGGUCUCUUACCGCGCUCGUUGCGUCAGUUCGAUGCAUUUGCGAAGCCACUUAAAGACUUUCGGAUACAAACGGUCUCAGGAGCCUUCCUUUCGAUUAUUUCUUUGUUUAUUAUUCUUGUUUUGUUUGCGUGGGAAGUCGCUGACUACAUCUCACCUUCUGUCAAGCAGGAAAUUAUCGUUGAUAUAUCUCGCAAUCGUCAUAUGUCGAUCAGUUUUGAUAUUAUCUUUCCCCUUGUACCUUGCUAUACCACUAUCUUCUUAAAAGUGCUUUCCGUGGACUCAGUGGAUAUUUCCGGUGAACAGCAUUCAUCUAUAACAAAAGAAGUAAAUAAGACACGUGUUUUGAAAGAUGGAAGUGGCGUUGAUUCCGAUUAUAAUUCCGAGAAGAUGAAAGCUUUGGAACAGAAACGUGAUAGGAACUAUUGUGGGUCGUGUUAUGGCGCAGGUGCUGAAGACAAUCAAUGCUGCAAUACAUGUGAAAGUGUGUUGGAGGCUUACCGUGUUCGCGGUUGGACUAUUCCAGAUCCUGACGUUUUUGAACAGUGCAAAGACGAGAAAGAGGCGGGUAGUCUGGCAGCCAUCAAUCAGGAGGGCUGUCGUCUUGUGGGACAACUUGGGGUGAACAAGGUUGCUGGUUCCUUUCACAUCGCCCCUGGAAAGAGCUACGGCCAGGGUCAUGUUCAUGUCCACGAUCUUAUGGCAUUUUCUGGCAAGCAGUUUGUAUUGGACCACCAAAUUCGGCGUCUGAGCUUUGGCGACACUUAUCCUGGUCAGAUAAACCCAUUGGACAACACAAACAUGUCUGACAGUACAGAAUCACCAAUGAUUUCUUAUUUCCUCAAAUUGGUACCAACAAUUUACUCUGACUUUUCGGAAAAGCCAUUGGUGACCAACCAGUAUUCGGUCACUUGGCAAGUUAAGUCAACUCCCCUAACAGGGGGCUCCGACGGCAUUCCGGGUGUUUUCUUCAACUACCAGAUAAGUCCACUUUUGGUGAAACUCACCAAAGAACGGAGAUCCUUCCUGCAUUUCCUGACGAAUACUUGCGCCAUUGUUGGUGGGGUUUACACAGGUAGGUAUCCCUUUAUCCUUCAAAUAUAUUUUGGAAUUCGUCAGUCACUUUUCGAAUCAGUAAUAUGA